CUGGACGGUUUAACGCGUUGGUAGAAUUCCUCUUUUUCAUUGAAAUUGUAAAAUAAUACACUAGUUACAUUCUCAGCUAAGCUCUCACAUUCAGCGCCCUUGUAUAAGUUGAAAAUAAUAAUUUCAAAACAAAAUUCUAAAUUUUCUCAUCUUGAAGUUCUUAAGAAGAUUUAUCUGUAAGAUUCUAAGUGUGCUCGGUGCUUAAUAUCAAAACAAUAAAAAGUUUUCACUGUGACCUGUUUCUCUUCAUCUUGUUCAUCAUCUUCAUCUCUUGUCGAGGAAGUUAAAAAACAACAAAAUACAAAAGUAAAAAAGUUAAAUAAAGGAGAAAAUUAAAUCAGGACAUCCGAGAAAUUUCAAAAACAAAUACAAAAAAGGAAAGAAAAGAAGUUAAUAAAAUCAAUAACCAGCGCCCCCAGCCAUCAUCCUCUCAGCCGCAAACGUAUCUAUCAAUAUAAAGCUAGAGCUACUUUUGGUAUCAUCUGUAGAGCAGUAGAAAAUUGUUGUCAAUUUUGAUACUAUUCUAUUUCAAAACUCUCACAAGAUACAAUCAUCCCUCAAAGCUUAAAAGGUUAUACAUCAAGAAAGGAGCAUAAAUUACAAGCAAAAGGAUGUCAUUAAAUAAGAAUGGUCUUACAUUGUCAGAGGAUGAGGUUGAUGAAUAUUCCGAUGGAUGUGUGAAAUUGAGAAAUUCAAAUAUUGAACUUAUGGAUCAGGAUAUUUUGUAUCAUUUGGCUUUGGGAAGUGAAAGUCAUGAUCUCUAUGAAAUGUUCCAUGAUGUUAAGUUCGUUUGCAUGGGAGGCACCCCCAGGAGGAUGGAACAGUUUGCUCAUUUCAUCAUGAAGGAAAUUGAUUACACACUGCCAGUUGGUACCCAGUUGCAGGACAUCAGUGAGUUCUCCUACAGAUACUCGAUGUACAAAGUUGGCCCAGUGUUGGCUGUUAGUCAUGGAAUGGGCACACCAUCAGUUAGCAUCCUGAUGCAUGAAUUGAUCAAGUUGAUGUACCAUGCCAAGUGCCAGGAUCCAAUAUUUAUUCGGAUUGGUACAUGUGGUGGCGUUGGAGUUGAAGGUGGGACUGUUGUUAUAACCGAAGACGCCCUUGAUGGACAGUUAAGGAAUAGUCAGGAGUUUUGCAUCCUUGGAAAAGUUGUUCACCGUCCAGCCAAACUAGAUAGAAAGGUUGCCCGUGAGCUAAAAGCUUUAGCUAGUGCCGAUGACCCUUAUGAUACUGUGAUUGGCAAGACUUUGUGUACAAAUGAUUUUUAUGAAGGUCAAGGAAGAUUAGAUGGAGCAUUUUGUGAUUAUACUGAAAGUGAUAAGCUAGAGUAUUUACAAACUCUACGCUCAAACGGUGUGGUGAAUAUUGAAAUGGAGAGUACAGUAUUUGCAGCAUUGACAUUCCAUGCGGGGAUUAAGGCAGCUGUUGUGUGUGUUGCUCUGCUGAAUCGAUUAAAUGGCGACCAGGUCAACUCACCUAAAGAAGUUAUGUUGGAAUGGCAAGAGCGACCUCAAAUUUUAGUCUCACGCUACAUUCGUAAAGUGCUGUCGCAGAAAAUGUUAAGAUUAGGUUCUGAUCAUCCGGACUCAAUCAAAUCCCCACGACGAUUGAAAUUAGUACAACAAGAAUCUCAAGCCCAUGAGUAAAUAUAUUUAAACAAAAAAUACAAAUACAUAUUAUAUGAAUGUCAUUUUAUGUUUAUAUAAAUUUCUUAUAUAUAUACACAAACACACACAAAAACAAACAAAACAAAAUGUUAACCUCAAAUUAUAAGUUUAAAACCAGCAUAAAAUAAAAUAAUAUAUAUAAAUAAAAAGAGAAUAAUCUUAACAAAAAAAAAAACAAAAAGCAUAAAUAAAUAUUAUAUAUUGUUCAUCGAAGGCAUUUGCCAAAAAAUUGUGAUGUGGGAUAGAAAUGUCAAAAUAACAUUCAUACUUCAUAUAAAUAUAUUUAAAAAUAUAAAAUCGCUUACACAAUGACAUUAGAUGUAAAUUUUAUUUUAAUUGUUUAUUGUUUUAUUUUUUGUAAUGUGUAUAAAUGACAUAAAUAUAAGGUAAACCUUGAUUAUAUACAAACAAACAAAAAAUGCAUUGUAAUAUUUUUGUGUAACAUUUUUUAAUUAAUUUUGAAUGCACGCAUUUAAAAAAAAUAGAUAUACAUAUGUAUUAAAACGCACAUGCGACAAAAUGAUAUAUAUACACAUGCAUACAUUAUACAUAUUCAUACAAAAAAUUAUAAAUGUUUCUUUUUAAUAUAAUUUAGAUUAAAUUUUAACAAUAAAGUUACUAUAAUUUAUUUUUACUUAAGAUUAUAUAGUUAAACAAACAAACAAACAAAAAUAAAAUAAAUAAACAAGAGUUUUGAUGUGAAAAAAAAAUAAAAAACAUACAUUCUUUUUUGUUUUUGUUAAUAUUUUCAACAAAGCGUAUUAAAAUUUUGUGGUUUUCAAGAAGUUAUGAAAUGAAAACAAAAACAAAAAUAUUAUACAUAAACAAAAUGUCUUCCGGUAGAGAAAGAUACGAAAAUUUAAAUUUUUAAAAGCCUUAAACCAUAAACGAAGAUUGCAUUAUGAAGAUCUCAUCCUUAACCUAGCUGACGAAUGAAGCUUUAAUAUGUAUUAAAUUUGAUUGAUUUUGAAUGUAUGCUUUUGCCUCUACAUUGACAUCUAUGACGAUUUUAGUAUACUUAUAAAGGAAGGCGUGAGUCCCACCUCUAUCAACCCUGUUUAAAUAUGCAUUUUUGGUACAAGUAUCAUACUUGAAAAUGAAUAUAAAGUACUUAACGUUGGAAAAUCAAGUACGAAAGAAAUAAAAGCCCAAGUACACAAGUCUCUUGCUUUUUAUUUGUGUUUCAUGAUAAACCAACUUCAAAGAAGAUUUAAUUGGGAAGUACUCAAUUAUUUCAGCUUUUAAGACCUCUCAAGUUAACAAUAUUUGCGGAUUACUUUAAGUACUUGAACAGUAAAUCAAAUACAUGAGCAGUAAUGUUUUCUAAUGAAGGUAGACAGUCUUAUUAGUUUCAAAUUAAUAUGGGCACGACAUUUUCUCUUUUAUGCGAAUCGAACAUUUUAAAAACUUGACAGAGCAUGACUUAAUUAUAUUGCAGUUCUGAGUAUUGCAAACGAUAUAAAGAGCUUUUUAAAAGCAAAACAACUUUCUCUUCCUCAUUGGGAAAUAUCAGUUUAGAGUUUUGAAUAAGAGUCGUUUAUCUAAUCUCUCACUAGGGCUAUUCUUACACAAUAAGUAGAUUCUUUAAUUUACUGUCAGAAGUUUGCUGACCAUUUACUGUCACUCCGGUUGAAUAAUUUAUAAGAGAUAAAUAGAUUUUCUAACAACACUUUAAAUACACAAAUUAAUUGUCAGCUUAUUGAUAGAUAGUUAAAAAAUUGUUUGUAGUACAAAGAACCAA